CGUAAUAAUAUUAGGCUUGAAGCAAGGAAGGUUAGAGCAGCAAUGGAGGCUGCUGUCUCCCCUUGUUAGAAAGAAGGACGAACAGAAGACUGGAAGAUCAGUAGAUUGUGCUCCUUGCAGCUGCCAACUCUCCAGAUGCCGCCGUUGCUCCACACGAAAUAAUGCGCUCUCCUCCUGAGCUCAUCAUGCAAGGGCCAGCAGAGAAAGUGCCUGCUGAGGCUGGGGCACUGAUGGGACAUUUGAAGCAAGCAUUGAAGUGCGUCUUUCUAGAAUCAGCCCAUGUAUCAGGAGCAAAUGCGAAGCCUGCUGCCGAAGCGGCUCUCGAACGUGCGGUUCCGACAGUGGAAGGAUUUCUUAAACUAGCCAAUGCGGGUUCAGCCAGCAACGGAGACACGCACGCAACGCAGCUUGGCGGAGAAACCAGGGCUUUGAACGGCAACAGGGACGCCGCGUCUGCAGCUCCCCUAGCGAUUGGCAUUCUUGGCGGAACCACAACGCUUCCUGGCAAACUCUCUGCCGUGGCAAACCUGUGUAGCAUUCUAGAGCAGAUUCUGCAGCAUGGCCUCCGCCCAAGCGUCUCGGAGGGGGGCUACGGACUCAUCGGGGGGGUCAUGGGGGGCUGGCGGAGAGCCCCCUCCCAGCAGCCGCCCCCAGGUGCCUGGCGUUUCCUGGAGGCCGUGGUUGCUGCGCAACCUGCCGGCGGGGCGUUGGCUCAACCGAGGGAGGUUACAAGCGCAACCGAAAAGUCAACCGAAGCCGCAAACCCCUCAGCAAACGAAGGGACAGAAGAUGCCGUUUCAAGUGGCAAAAAUGGUGAUUUGACCGCCUCUUCAUCUUCUGGGGGGGAAUGCGCAGGGGUUAGAGAGGGCUCCCAUUCCUAUCCCCCACUCGCUAGUGGCCUCGCGCAAAUCAGAGCGGUUGCUGGGACCUCAACCGACUCGGUUAGACUUCAGGCGUUACUUCGUCUGGGACUCAGCUGCCGCUGUCUAGGGCCGUGGUUAGCAGAAGCGCUUUUGUCUCCGACUGCGCAAGGGGCGUCCGGCAAGGGGGGUUUGUUGGCCCAGCUGUACGACGAGAUUGCGUUUGUGCGCAGCCAUGAUAACGUGGAAGCGUUAGUGGCCACGAUGAUGGCCCUGGGGCCGCUGCGUUUUGACGGUUUGGAAACGGGGUUUAAGGAGGGUUCGGGGUUGGUUAGGGAGUCGGGCCAUGCGACGACCGAGGGGCCGGCGGACGCGCCAGGUGGUGCCACGGGAGCAGGCGUUUCUGAGGGGCUAGGGUCUGGGGCGAAACUUUCUGAAAGCGGCCAGAGUGCUGGAAAGGCAGCAGUCUCAGCGUCAGGUGGCGUGCUUAACACCGGCUGGUCCACCCUGACCUCCGUUGGGACUGGCGCAGCUUCGCUGGUGUUAGAAGGCGGCAGCGCUGCCUCGGGCCUGUGGAAAACUGUCAACUCCACGUCUCAAAACUGGGGCACCUUUGCGGCCUCGCGUGUGCUCCCGAAACCGGCCCCUGCUUUGAGUACUGGGCCCAAAACCGCGUCGCCUAUUGGGGUUCACAACAGCAUCACAGAGGGGGGGCAACUUGGCAAGGAAGGCACCAGCUCUCAAGCCCCCCAAACGGACGGAGCCGGUGUCCGGGAAAACGAGGAACUCACUGCUCCUCUGGAGGAGAAUUCGAACGAGAGUAACGGUUCGGAACCAGCUGGGUCUAUUCUGAUUCCGGGUCAGGAUAUGAAUUUGCAAACUGAGGUGUCCAGAAAAAGUACCGGAGGAGAGAAGCAACCAGAUCUUUCCCAGCCAGGGUCGUUUCUCCCGACGGUGGCCAAUAAGGCCGCGACAGCUGUCACGGCGGCGGCCUCCACCAUCUCUGAAGGUUCUCUUAAGCCCAUGUUCAGUUACCCCUUCCGGCGGCCCUCCUCCAGCGGGGGGGCAGAAGCAACUGGUCGGCCCCCAGUCGCCUUACCCCCCACAGAGGCCAUGACUACGCCCGGUGCUGGCAUGAUCUCUGAACGGCUCUCUUCCGCAAAUGAAGCGAUGCCCGCCAACUGUGCAGACGAUUUGGAGACAGUGAAGCCCUCCAACUACGCUGAGACCGCAACGAGAUUGGGCUUUUUCUUCCCAUUUCAACGGCCGUCUUCGAGCGAUGGGGUGGGGGACAGGGGCACUUCGCAACCGGCUUCAAAACCCUUCUGGCGGCGCUUCUCCAGUGGGAGCGAGCCAACAAGCAGCGGGUUUGACGAACUGUUUCCAGAGGCGGAGUUCGGUAGCAACGAGAACGGGGAGGUUUUGCAAGCGGGGGUGGCGGACGGGCGGGAGAAGGACGGUUUAGAUUGGCUGAGAGCGGAAGAGCACGUCGGGGGUUUCGAUCCCGGAGGGGGGUCGCUUACGGGUGGAGGUAAGCAAAGAGAAGAGGUUCAGAGAGAGAUUCUUGCAGAGGGACACGGCGCUAAUCGAAGCGCGUUUCAGGGACUUCGAGGUCGAGGAGCGGCCCCUGCUGAGCAAAAGGGGGCUGAAGAGCUGACAGGCAGCCACUCAGCGGCAUCCGGAAGCAGAAGCGGUGCGUUUGAAAAGUCAGGAAUGGGCACGGGGAGCCAAAAAGGGGCGUCUGAAACUCGGGGAGGGGCGUCCGAAAGUCAGAAGGGGUUUUUCAAUGAUUGGGCUGGACAGGGGGUCGUCGUCGGACGAGAACAGAACGAAGAAGGACGAGUGCCUACUCAGCUAACGGCUCAAACGCCCGCUCGGCCCUGGUCCGAAUCCUGGGCACCGGGAUCGCUUUUUUCGGCAGCGGGCGUCAGCGUCAGGAACGGGGUCCUCGCACCUCAGGAACUGCUCUCGUCCGUGGUCUCCAAAGGCUGGCCCUUCGGAACCGGUUCUAAACCCAGCCUCCCUCUGGAAAGCUCUAGCAAACCCCCGAAAGUAGCGGCUAAUUUUCAAGUCCAGAAUCAGGGCACAGGGCUCGUAGAGUCCAAGUCUGGCUGGUUGGGGGACCAAAACGCUUCUGCGAAAGGCCCCCUGGGGCGGGUUGGUUCUGAGCGGGGGGCAGGAAAGGCUGCGGAGAGUGACCCCCAGAGCGACGCGAGCGUAAUAGUGUACAGCAGCGGAGAUGACUCGUAUCAGAGCCAGGUCCCCAGUCCCCAGCAACUCGCCAGCCUUCUCGGGCCGGGGGCUGAGGUACUGAUUCUCGACGGGCGGUCUGGGGACGAGUUGGAAACGGAGCCGGGGCUUCGAGGGGGGGGCAACCAAAAGGGGGGGGUGAAAACCGCCUCGAGCAGCGAAGACGAUCUGGAGUCGGACCUGGGCGCGAUGUUGGGAGGGAGGUUGUACCGACGUAAGCAGAAACGCCUGGAAAACAAAGGGUUCUCGUUAGAGAGUGAGACUGGACCGCUCCUAGCGGAGGGGGCAGCGUUGCACUGGGGCGGGCCUGAGCUUGCUGACGUUCUCCCAGGGCUUUCGAGUGACGUCACGAGGGGUGGGGAGUUGAGCGGGGACCCUGGGGACCUGAGCUUCAAGCACCUUCUGGCGCAGCCCGAAGUUGCGGACGGGUCUGAGCCGGACGCUGGUAUGUCGUCGGACGCUGCAACAUCUGCGGACGCUGUCAGGUUUCCGGACGGCAGUCAACUGCCUGAAACUGGCGCGUUGGGCGGAAGUCCGCUGGGCCACGGGACGGAAUUUGACGCUGCCAAACUCUCGGGGGCUGCCCAACACUCAGACGUUGUCCGAUCUCUGUCCGAAAGUGGCGCGCCGGACGACGGGCCCCUGGUUCACCGGACAGAUUCGGACGCGGCGCGGGGGGCUGCAGCGGGUGAGAGCGUGGUGGGCGUCCGGAGCCCCCUGUUCAGGCUGGCCAGCGACUCGACGACCGGGGAUGCGAGCCCACGAGCGCCCUUGGACGCGGUCUCCGGACAGCUGUACGGUCCGCUCAAUCUGGACGACGGCUACCUGGACAUGGUCACCGACAUGGAGGACGUCCUCCUCGACACUGACGGCGGCUCGGGACUGUCACGUGCCUCCAGCUCCUUUGGCCACGUGGCGCACCCCUCGUCGUCCCGGGUGCCAGGUGGCGGCUUCCGGAGGGUGGAAGUGGUGGGCGUCCGCUACGUUGCGACCUCCCCGUCUGAACGUGCGCAAUUCCCGUCCGAGAGAGUGAACUUUGCGUCCGAAAGGACGAAAUUAGCGUCCGGAAGCCCGUUUUCGGACGGGGGCAGGAAGGGUCCGCAGAAGAAUCCCGGGGAGGUUCAGCUCAGGCAGACGAGAGGCGGGUUUGGGGUUUCUGCGGAGGCGGUGCGGACGCAGGAGUUGGGAACAAAUGCAGCGGCGUUGAUGCAGCCGCUCACAAACGAGUUGACUACGUUCGAGUCAAAUGACGGAGAGGGUGACCACUCUCCUUCUCGACAAGCCGGGUUUAGUGGGUCGGCAAACCUGGAGGUGGAAGUAUACGAGGACCUUCUGCGGGGCAGCGACGAUGAGUUCGAAGACUCCCCGCAUGGCAAGAGCCCUUCGGACGCUCGGACGCUUCGUGUCGAAACCGCGUCGGACCUGCGGAACUUUCUCGGUGGGGUGGAGCGGAACGGAACGGACGAAGGCGAGCGCGGCUUGUCGGGGGAGGGGACUACGAAACCGGGAGGUCUAUCGGAAAACCGGAGCGCGGCUGGAGAACUUGAGCCCACAAGCGGUUUGAAGUCCCCGGUUGGAGAGGGGCUAUUUAGAGAUUCUUCGAACGAAAUUGGCGGUUUUCGCUUCAGGGUUUUAGUAGCGGAGGGUUCGACCGCGGCCGCUGCAGCGGCAGCCAUGGCUGCAGGUUUGAAAAUCGGGUUACCGUCCGCAGCUUCCGGAAGCCCAAUUUCCGGGGAGAAAGGGCGUCUUGACACCCCCCUGAACCUGAGCAGCGAAGCCCAGGUUAAAUCUUUGGUUAGCCCGUUGGGAACGGGCGCCGACGGGGGGUUUAAAGAAAAUGCGGAAGAGCCGAAACUGCCGCGACGGGUUUCGAGACACGAGUCUUCAGCGGAACACUCGAGUCGGUCCGAAGAGGACCUGAAUCAGCAUCCUCUGGUCGAACAGUCAACCCGAGCUAGCGAGUCUAGUGUAUCUACCCGUAGUUUUAGCACGGAUCUAAGAAUCGAAGUUGAUCAGAACCUCCCCUCCAAGAGCACGCUUGCCGCCUCCCCCAGAAAGCCUCUAGAAAACACUGUAGACACAAAAAAACCCGCGCAAGCCCCGCAGCAAAGCGGCCUCGUCGCGUCUCUUAGCCAUGCAGCGCACGCCUUCUCCCGGCCCAAACCAUACACAGCGUACAUACUCCAGACGGUAACUAGGGACGGGCGGGUCUGGACGACGGAGCGCCGUUACCGCGACCUCGCCGCGCUCCGCACAGAGCUUGGGCGGGCGUUACCGGGGGCGAUUUUACCGUUGCCGUUCGCCCAGGUGUCUGCCCAGAAGCGGAACCUUUUCGGGAGCACCGAUCCGGACGUCGUAGACCAACGGAAGGAGCUGUUCGAAACGUGUCUUAACGCGCUCAUUGACUCGGGGCCCCCGCUAGCCACCGCCCCUCCGCUCAUCAAGUUCCUCUGUGGUUCUGCGUACCAAACCGGGUCAGCCUUAACCAGCAAAGCUAAACCGGCUUCCGGGGUAGAGGAAGCAGGGGAGGUCAUGAGCCCGCGGAUGACGUCAGGGCUGACGUCACCUUCGUCAGCCGGGUCCCCGAGGUCCUCCAAGGGGGAGGACGCAGGUGGGGCUUUGGGUGGCGGCGGGCUCGGUGCGGCCGAAACGGGUCCGGCUGUGCUCGGGAGUUCGAUCCGCUUGAUCGUGGACCUGCCGGGGAAGCGAUCUGUGAGCCGGCAAUUGCAAGCUCAGCACAACGCGUGUGCGGGCUGCUACAAACCGUUCCCUCCCGCCCCCGCCCUCCUCAGCUGGACGAACCCGGCGGCCCGCUUAUGCGAGUACAGCGGGCAGCUAUACUGCGCCGACUGCCACCAUAAGGACACCGCCAUUCUGCCCGCUUAUGUGCUGCAGUACUGGGACUUCCGUCCCCGCAAAGUGUCGCAGAUCGCAAAAGCGUACCUGGACUCUAUCUACGACCAGCCGAUGCUGUGCGUGAGCGCCGUCAACCCGCACCUCUACUCGCGCGUCCCUGCCUUGGCCCGGGUUAAGGAGCUUCGUCAGCGGCUGGUCAAGAUGGUAACCACCACGGUUAGGCACUGCCCGGCGAAACGGCGGCUGCUUGCGCCAGCGGGUUCGCGGCGGUACCUGCUGGAACCCGGGGACUUUUUCGCACUGCGUGAUCUGGUAGACUUGUCCAAGGGGGCGUUCGCAGUGCUGCCCGAGAUGAUGCAAACGCUGACUGAGCGAGUCAGCGCUCACAUCGCCUCCGGGUGCGACACAUGCACAGAGUUGGAGAUUGGAGGCCCGAGAUAAAAGGUAGAUCUUGGUUUAGAAAGCCUUCACUGAGUUCAAGGUUUGGAAACCUUCGGCAGAGACGCGCGGCACUUUUCCGAUUGAAGUUUCCGGCCGAUAGCCAAGGUUAAGCAGUGUGUCUGUUAAGUAAAAUGCUGACGAGGUUUAAAAUGCAGUCUUCAUUUCCAAGCGCC